CAUCCGCUUUGAGCGCUUAGGCGCAGUGAUUACAUCCUCACACACACAGAGAGAGAGGGAUAGAGGGAAAGUCCUGUUAUUCGCCGAGUCUUUAUUCAGAAGUUGCAUUUGUUGUAGAUUCGGCGCAGAGCGAACAGGAGUUUUUGCUCUCCUUCCUUUUUUUUAAUUGCUCGUGUGGAGUUUCCUGUUUUUUUUUUGGUUUUGUUUUGUGACUUUCUGCGAAGAAGGGGCAGUGGGCUCUGUACACGGGGAGAGCUGGCUAUGCGUCCUGGCUCCAGCCUGCGAUGUUUGCGCUGACGCCAAAAACUCACAGACCGGCGCAGAAUUGAUUAAAACGGAGAAGCUGGGAUCAAAUGGCUGUGCUUCUCACAGCUGAAACGACACAAUGUUCCACUGACCCGAGGCUGAGGAGAGGAAUUUUGGAAUCGGACAGCCUUGUUGCUCUUAAUUCCGCUGCCUUUUUGCGGACUGAGGAAAUCGGAAAUGCUCGUUUCUUGUAAGAAAAAGGAAUAACACAUUUUUUUUUCGUCUUGAAGUGCACUUUGAGAGAGGGGUAGGAGAUGAUUUGGUUAAUAUUCCUGCUCUCCAUCCUGGAUGGAGCCGUCUCUCAGCUGCGUUACUCCGUGCCAGAGGAGCAGGAGCCUGGCUCUGUGGUUGGGAAUAUUGCAGAAGAUUUGGGGCUGGACAUCACCAAACUUUCUGCUCGCCGCUUCCAGACGGUGCCCAGUUCCCGGACACCUUAUCUGGAGGUGAACUUAGAGAACGGUGCGCUCGUGGUGAAGGAGAAAAUCGAUCGCGAAGAAAUCUGUAAGCAGACCAUCCCGUGCCUAUUGCACCUGGAGGUGUUUCUGGAGAACCCGCUGGAGCUGUUUCGCGUGGAGAUCGAUGUGAUGGAUAUCAACGACAACCCGCCCAGCUUCCCCGAGACGGACAUUUCCGUGGAGAUAUCGGAGAGCGCCAUCCCCGGGACCCGCUUCCCGGUGGAGAAUGCCUUCGACCCGGACGUGGGCACGAACGCGCUCAGCACAUAUGCCAUAACGAAUAAUAACUAUUUUUACCUUGACGUGCAGACGCAGAGCGACGGGAACAAGUUUGCAGAGCUGGUGCUGGAGAAGCCGCUGGACCGGGAGCAGCAGGCGGUGCACCGCUACGUGCUGACGGCCGUGGACGGCGGCAUCCCGCAGCGGACCGGGACGGCUCUCCUGGUCGUUAAAGUUCUGGACUCUAAUGACAACGCGCCCACGUUUGACCAGUCCGUGUUCACUGUGAACCUGCGGGAAAACUCUCCCGUGGGCACGCUCGUCAUUCAACUCAACGCCACAGAUGUCGACGAGGGACAAAACGGGGAAAUAGUUUAUUCUUUCAGCAGUCACAACGCGCCGCGGACAAAAGACCUGUUCAAUAUUGAUGCCAGAACAGGUAGGAUAGAGGUGGCGGGGGAGGUGGACUAUGAAGAGAGCAACACGCACCAGAUUUAUGUCCAGGCGAAGGAUCUGGGCGCUAACGCGGUCCCCGCGCACUGCAAAGUGCUGGUUAAACUCAUGGACAUGAACGACAACACACCGGAGAUCGGUUUCAGCACCGUGACCGAGUCCGUGAGCGAGCAGGACGCGCCGGGCACCGUGAUCGCACUUUUCAGCGUGUCAGACCGAGACUCUGGUGAGAAUGGACAAAUGAGCUGCGAGAUCCUGGGAGAUGUUCCUUUCAAGCUGAAAUCGUCUUUUAAAAACUACUACACCAUCGUGACGGACGGACCACUGGACCGAGAGAGCACGGAUUCGUACACCAUCACCGUAGUGGCGAAAGACAAGGGCCAGCCUUCACUCGCCACCAGCAAGUCCAUCAAAGUGCACGUCUCCGAUGAGAACGACAACGCGCCCCGUUUUACGCAGGCGGUUUAUGAUGUGUAUGUAACUGAGAAUAAUGUGCCCGGUGCUUUCAUCCACGCGGUUAGCGCUUUGGACCCUGAUAUAGGACAAAAUGCUCUUAUUACCUACUCCAUAUUGGAGUGUGACAUACAGGGCAUGUCUGUGGACACGUAUGUGUCCAUAAAUCAGGACACCGGCUACCUUUACGCGCUGCGCUCUUUUGAUUAUGAGCAGCUGAAGGAGUUUAGCUUCAUGGUGCAGGCUAAGGACUCAGGUCCCGCGGAGCUCUUCUCUAAUACCACUGUAAAUGUGAUCAUAGUUGACCAAAAUGACAACGCUCCAAUCGUAAUAGCCCCCAUCGGUAAAAACGGCACAGCCAAGGAGCACCUGCCGCGCUCUGCGGAGCCCGGCUACCUGGUGACGCGCAUCGUGGCUAUGGAUGCGGAUGAUGGGGAGAACGCACGGCUGUCCUACAGCAUCCUGCGGGGCAACGAGAUGGAAAUGUUCCGCAUGGACUGGAGGACAGGGGAGCUGAGGACAGCCCGCAGGAUCUCACCCAAGCGGGACCCACUGGGCUACUACGACCUCCUGAUCGAGGUGAGGGACCACGGGCAGCCCCCCCUCUCCUCCUCCGCCAGUGUGAGUGUAAUGUUAGUGGACAGUGUGGUCGAAGGCCGCAGCGGGGACCGCGGCUCGGCCUCCAAGGCAAAGGAGACCUCCCUUGACCUCACCCUCAUCCUCAUCAUCGCCCUGGGCUCCGUUUCUUUCAUCUUCCUCCUGGCCAUGAUCGUGCUGGCCGUGCGCUGUCAAAAGGACAAGACGCUCAACCUGUACACGUGCCUGAUGGCCGGCGAAUGCUGCCUGUGCUGCAGCUCCUGCUGUAGCAGGUCGGCCCGGAGCCGGAAACAGAAGAAGCUGAGUAAGUCCGACAUCAUGUUAGUUCAGAGCACCAACGUGACAUCAGGGGUCGGGCCCGUGGGCCAGGUGCCCGUGGAGGAGUCUGGUGUGGGCGGCGUGGGAGGGGGCUUCGGCUCCCACCAUCACCAGAACCAGAACUCCUACUGUUACCAGGUGUGUCUGACACCGGAGUCCGCCAAAACGGAUCUGAUGUUCCUCAAACCGUGCAGCCCCUCCCGCAGCACCGACACGGAUCACACCAACCCCUGCGGUGCCAUAGUCACCGGUUACAGUGACCAACAGCCGGACAUCAUAUCCAACGGCAGCAUCCUGUCUAACGAGACAAAACACCAACGAGCGGAACUCGGCUAUCUGGUGGACAGACCUAGACGUGUCAACAGCUCGGCCUUCCAAGAAGCAGACAUCGUCAGCUCCAAAGACAGCGGCCACGGCGACAGCGAACAGGGUGACAGCGACCACGACGCCACCAACCGGGGUCAUUCAGCCGGCACCGACCUGUUCUCCAACUGCACGGAGGAGUGCAAGGCCCUGGGCCACUCCGACCGCUGCUGGAUGCCGUCGUUCAUGCCGUCAGACGGGCGCCAGGGGCCGGACUACCGCAGCAACCUGCACGUGCCCGGCAUGGACGCCACGCUGCCCGACACUGAGGUACCCUGCUCCGUCAACCUCUCCGACCAGCUCACCAUGGCCUCGCCUACCGCCUCGUCCAACGAUAGGUCAUUCUCCACCUUUGGCAAGGACGGUCAAAGAUCACAGUCACACCACAGCCUUCACCAUCACCUCCAUCAGCAACAGCAGCAGUACAGCUCCAGCACGCUAGAGAGGAAAGAGUAUGAUAGGGGGACCCUACCGUACAAACCCACCUUUCUCUCCCGCAAAAGGAUUUGCUAGCUCGUUCCACGUGGACAUGUCGGAGACAGCGUGAAUUUCUGUACCAUACCACCAAUGCCGACGCUAUAGACAGCGAAACAAAACUAAACAAACAGCAACCUGGACAAGAGCAACCUUCGUUAAACUUCAUUAUCUCGGCCGGCGAGCUGUAACGAAACCUUGGCAGUGGUUGCCGAGGGGGGGAAGCAGAAAUAGAACUAUAUUCCUGAGGAACAAUCCAAGGCCUUAUUCCUCUCAGCGGGACUGAGACCGGGGCCAAAACACUUGACAUUUGACGAUUAGGAAAAUCAUCAGCAGAAAGAAGAAAGGAACUGAUAUGAACAGAGGAAUACAAAAACGACAAGUGAAAAUAAGAGAGACGGAUUCACUCACAGAGGUGGUUUCUCUUUUCUUUGGACUGAGGAGUUAGCCUCUAGAGAUCUGUGUGUGCCUGUUUACAUGGAGAAAAAAAAAAUAAUGUUUCUGUACAAACUACAACCAACGUCACACGGAACCCUUUAGCUAUUUCUAUGGUCACCACUAAGCCAACUGUACAGAGACUGUUUGGGGAGGAAAAAGGAGACUUACAGCCAGAGUGAGAGAAAGACAAUUAGGUAGUGGGCAGGUGUUGUACAGGUAUGAAAUGACAGGAGAAAAAAAAAAUGAAGGAAAGGGGGACAAGUAGAGAUGAUGUGCAGUACUAUAAAUUCUGUAUCUCUGGUUUUUUGACUUGACUGUCUUUAUAUAACUUCUCUUUUUUUGUUUCUGUUGUUCUUUCUGUGUGGUUAAAGUGUGCAGACUCUAACGUAUUCCAGCGUACAGCUACAGACAGGAACAGGCGCUCCGGAGUCGGGGUUCAGUCCUCUUUCAUGUUUAGCCACUUCAGGAAGGCGAGUUAAACAAACAUAGACAACGCGCAGAAAAAGAAAAGGAGUUUAAACAAAAUCCUCAUGUUGAGUCUGUCAAUAAAAUAUCACAAAUGAAUGUUCUCAUUUCUACACUAGUGACUAACGGUUCCUUCCUGAGCUGACUGCAGAGAAAGUGAAAUGGCCCUUUACCAGGAUGUGGUUCCCUUGAUUCCAUUGGCCUAUACAUAAACAAUCAGACACAUUCAGUGGUUUUUAUCAUGUGUGCAAAGUGUUUACUGUGCUAUUUUAAAAAGCUUAUAAAUGAAUAUAAAUCUAUAUAUAUAACUCUCUAUAUAUAUACAUAUACAAUAUACUUUUUUCUGAAAACUGUGUAACCAUUGAUUAGUUUCUACACCUCAUAUUGUCAUUCAAUCUAAUAAUACGAAGUACUACAAAAUCAAGACUUGUAUCGAUUCAAACAGAGAAGGAGUGCUGAAGCCGACGAAGCAAACCCCUUCACAUAAACCAUGGAUUAAGUUGCUGUUACUUGUUACUUUUCACAGUUUACAGAUGCGAGGCCUCGUUGUGUGUAGCCUCGACACCCGUUUGAGUUGUUUUGGCCUGUUGUGUAUUUUUACUAGCAGAAUAUGUGUUCAUGUACAGGAAGGGGGACUAUCACAAUCGAGCUAGAUAUCAAAGUUUUACAAUCAUACAGGAAAGGUAUACACAGACAAUUUAUGGCGAGGCACAAUAUGACACGCAGGCACACACCCACACAACACACACACACAUACACAGGUCAAGUGGUGAUAAAUAAACAGUGUAAUUGAAGUUCUCUUAUGUGUAUUUUGUCACGUUCACCCGGGAAUAAUAGCAUAUGAGGGAUCAAUAAAACACAAGUAGUUGCUUGCAGCCUCGCUCUCGGCUCUGGGAGGCUGAACUCUGGCACAGGUGUGCUAUGAGCUAAAUGCUAGCAUCAGCAUGGUAACGUGCUCACAAGGACAAUAAAAACAUAUUGAUGCUCCGCAGGUGUAGGCUUUACCAUGUUCAUCAUCUCAGCUUGAUGCAUUAACAUUUGACAAUUAGCACUAAACACAGAAUGAAUGCAGCUGAGACUGAUGGAAAAGUUGAUUAAACAAUUUGAGCUGAUGGUGGCACUAAAUGGAAAUUUGAAGGAUCACCAAAGUUAUUACAAUCGACCCU